AAAUCAUCAGCGUCUCUGUCUCGCUUGCAGCAGAAAUGGCAGAAGCAAAUAUUCUGGUAGCGCAUGACCAGUUUAGCUGUUCAGUGUGUCUGGAGCUAUUGAAGGACCCAGUCACUAUUCCAUGUGGACACAAUUACUGUAUGGGGUGUAUUAAGAACUGCUGGGAUCAGACUGAUCAGACAGGUGUUUACAGCUGCCCCCAGUGCAGAAAGACUUUUACCCCAAGGCCUGAUCUAUGCAGAAACACCAUGCUGGCUGAAGUUUUGGAGAAAUUAAAGACAGGACUCAAUCCUCCUCCUGCUCAAAGUUAUGCUGGACCUGAAGAUGUGCCAUGUGAUUUCUGCACUGGGAGAAAGUUCAAUGCUGUGAAAUCCUGUUUGACGUGCCUGGCUUCUUACUGUGAAACACAUGUCAAGCCACAUUAUGAGGGGGCUGCUUUCAAGAGGCACAAGCUGGUCAAUACAAUUGGAAAUCUGGAGCAGAAGCUUUGUGCUGAACACCAAAGAGUUUUAGAGGUCUUCUGUAGAACCGAUCAGACGUGUAUUUGCUGGUUGUGUACAGACAAGGAACACAAGAGCCAUGACACAAUCUCAGCUGAGACAGAAAGGACUGGGAAACAGAAGCUGCUGGGAGAGACACAGACAGAAAUACAACAGAGAAUCCAGGAGAGACUGAAAGAAGUGGAAGAGCUGAAACAGGCUGUGGAGUCACUGAAAGUGGGUAUUGACAAGAAAAGAUCUGAAUGCAUAGAAAUAAAAGAAAGUGAGAAGAUCUUUACUGAGCUGAUUCGAUUCAUUGAGAAGAUCCACACUGAGGUUAUUGAGCUGAUUGGAGAUAAUGAGAAGGCUGCAGUGAAUCAGGCUGAAGGACGCAUGAAGAAACUAGAGCAGGAGAUUGCUGAGCUAAGGAGGAGAAACGCUGAGCUGAAACAACUUUCAGAGACAGAGGAUCACAUCCAUUUUCUACAGAAUUUCCAGUCUCUCUGUGCCCCACCUGAAGCUGGAGACUUACCCAGCAUUACUGUCAAUACAGACAUCUCUUUUGGGGAUGUGAGGAAAGCUGUAUCUGAACUUAAAGACCAUAUUGAGGACUGCAAGAGGGAAUUCAUUAAAAUAACCAAAACAGCAGUUCCUUCCUCUCUGGGUUUGAAGACAGCAGCAGCUCCUUCCUCUCUGGGUUUGAAGGCAGAAGCAGCUCCUUCCUCUCUGAGUUUAGGGGUGGCAGCUCCUUCCUCUUUGGGAUUGAAGACAGCAGCAGCUCCUUCCUCUCUGGGUUUGAAGACAGAAGCAGCUCCUUCCUCUCUGAGUUUUGGGGCGACAGCAGCUUCUUCCUCUCUGAGUUUUGGGGCGACAACAGCUACUUCCUUUCUAGGUUUGAAGACAGCAUCAGCUCCUUCCUCUCUGGGUUUGAAGACAGCAUCAUUUCCUUCCUCUCUAGGUUUGAAGACAGCAGCACCUCCUUCCUUUCAGAGUUUUGGGGCGACAGCAGCUCCUUCCUCUCUGGGUUUGAAGACAGCAGCACCCCCUUCCUUUCAGAGUUUUGGGGUGACAGCAGCUCCUUCCUCUCUGGGAUUGAAGACAGCAGCACCUCCUUCCUUUCAGAGUUUUGGGGCGACAGCAGCUCCUUCCUCUCAGGGUUUCAGGGUGGCAGCUCCUUUCUCUCUGGGAUUGAAGACAGCAGCAGCUCCUUCCUCUCUGGGUUUCGGGGUGGCAGCUCCUUCCUCUUUGGGAUUGAAGACAGCAGCAGCUCCUUCCUUUCUGAGUUUUGGGGUGACAGCAGCUCCUUUCUCUCUGGGAUUGAACACCGCAGCAGCUCCUUCCUCUCUGGGUUUGAAGACAGAAGCAACUUCUUCCUCUCUGAGUUUUGGGAUGACACAGGCUCCUUCCUUUCUGAGUUUUGGGACGACAGCAGCUCCUUCCUCUCUGGGUUUGAAGACAGAAGCAGCUCCUUCCUCUCUGGGUUUGAAGACAGAAGCAGCUCCUUCCUCUCUGGGUUUUGGGGUGGCAGCUCCUUCCUCUUUGGGAUUGAAGACAGAAGCAGCUCCUUCCUUUCUGAGUUUUGGGACAACAGCAGCUCCUUCCUCUCUGGGUUUGAAGACAGAAGCAGCUCCUUCCUCUCUGGGUUUGAAGAUAGAAGCAGCUCAUUCUUCUCUGGGUUUGAAGACAGAAGCAGUUCCUUCCUCUCUGGGAUUGAAGACAGAAGCAGCUCCUUCCUCUCUGGAUUUCGGGGUGGCAGCUCCUUCCUCUCUGAGUUUUGGGAUGACAGCUCCUUCUUCCUCUCUGGCUCCGGAAUUGGCAACUCUAGAGGCAGUACCAAGGCCGUUCUUUCCUCAAUGACCUGCAUAUGCAUUUGUUGUUGUUGCUUUUGCUGCAGUAUCUCAUGCCUUCCUGUUGCAGUUCCACAAGCUGCUGUUGUAUUCUCUGAAUGUUUUCCUGUUUUUUCUUCACUUGUAGUUUCUCCCUGGGUUACUAGUGGCUAUCCCACCCUGACACCUUAUGUGGCAUAGUGGUCCUAUGGUCAAGGCUGGUCAGCAGUAAAAAUAGCAACCCAGUGGGACGACUGCAAUUCAGCAAACAAAACAAAC